AUGCGGAGCAGUUUGCUGAAAGCUCUUCUUCUCCUGUCCCUCCGUGCCUCGUACACAGCAGCAGUCAUCGUAAGGAGGUACGAGUAUGAGCUCAAGGACGAAACCAGGAACAUCAACUACCCAGAGGGCACGGUGGAACAUCACUGCAUCCUCUUUGCGGACGAUAACUCUCCAAUCAGCGUCGUUGGGACAUACGGAAGGUUCGGAUACUUCGAGGGUACGUUCCAGGCGAACACCAGGAACGCCAUGGUGAACUGGUACGAGACUGCCACUAGCGAGGACUGGGAGCUCGUGACGUCGAGCGGGGGUGCCUGGCUGAUCUAUGCAUCGAACUACUCCAGCGUUGAGGGAGGAUGCAAUACAGCCGGGAUGUACGACUCACUGGAUUCGUACGUGGAGUGGAUCUCAGUGAAAGGAGUCAUGAAGAAGACUUCUGAAGACCCCGAUUAUCGUCCUGAUUUCCUCAGCAACUGCCUCCUGGUCCUGCCUGACAGGAAGACGUGGCAGGAUGUGAUGGGAACUGAGAAGAAAGACGCGUUCUUCAACCUCGCUCCUACCAGCACCGCCAGGGAUUUGCUUCCUGGCUUUGACGGAACCAUCUUUGAGGGAGAUCAGGCAUGCUCCUUGCACUUGAUCUCGUCGUCUCACGCUAUCCCCUCCCCGUCUCUCUGCUUCGCUACCUUCCUCCCGUUCUGUUCCGCAUUCCUCCCUUCCUCGCGCUCUCUUCAGCACACCUUCAUGCUACUGCUGAUGUCAUCGCAGGGCAAAAUCUCCUUCUGCAAAGACGUCUACAACCUGCAGUCCUCCUACAUCCACAUCUUCAGCGAGAAGGAUCAGACUGACACUGCUCGGCCUGGCGACAGGGAGACCGGGAUCUUCGCGCCCAACUCCAUCGCCUUCUCCGGCACGGUCGGCAACGGCGUCAUCGGUCAGUGGAUGGCCCAGGACGGGCCCAACAUGGGCCAGACGGGGCCGUUCGUGUACCUCAUCCAACCCCAGCAGGGGAGCGGGCCGCAGAUGAUAGGGUACUACUGCAUCACAAACUCCAAGAAGAUCCGGCUCAAGUGCUUCGACAUGCUGUACAAGUACAAGGAGAAGGUGACGUGCGGAACAUGCCGGACGGGAUCAAGCUCUGUCUUACUCUUGAUGGUUGUUGCUUGCUGCUGGGCGCGCGGAGUGUUGGCUGGAUAUUGA